AGCUCUGGGGCAAAAAGAUCUGCACCCGCCUCAAAGGCUCCGGUGUUCUCUUUCAGAACAUCGCGAGACUUUCACUUACGCGGAACCAUUGGUUGAAAAGCGGAACUUGAGGGAUACGCCCACUGCUUCAUCGGGUCCCUGAUUGGUCUUCUAGAGGAGAGGGCGGCUCACGUUCCCGAGUACCCUGGAUGCCCAUUGGUGGAAUGUGCGGGACUGCCGGCGCGCGGGCGUCGGCGCGGGCGUUCGAACCAGCGCUUGGCGGCGUUGCCAUAGGGAUGCGGCCUGGCCGCAGUCUCAAGCUCCGGAGCUGACAGUGCGCGUCGGUCGCCCGCCUCGGGGCUCUCGCCUUUCGGUGUUGUCUUCUCUUGUCCUCAGACAGGGUUGACCGAGGAGGAAUUUGGAAGCCUCCGAGAAACCCACUCAUAAAAAUGACAUCCUGGUUGUAUGAAUGUCUUUGUGAAGCUGAACUAGCACAGUAUUAUCCUCAUUUUACUGCCCUUGGCCUUCAGAAAAUAGAUGAAUUAGCCAACGUUACAAUGAAGGACUACUCCAAAUUGGGAGUCCAUGACAUGAAUGACCGCAAACGUCUCUUCCAACUUAUCAAAAUCAUUAAGAUUAUGCAGGAAGAAGAUAAAGCACUCAGUAGCCCAGAAUAUCUUCUUCAGACAAGCAGUCUGUCCAUCAAGCCUCCGAAAUCCAGAUCUGGCCCUCGCAGGCAGCUGCAUUUUGAUUCUCCUGCUGACAACAAAGACAGAACUACCAGCAAAAAUGAGUUUGAACUCUGCAAUUUAUCAGAUUUUUCUGUAAAUGAACAAAAGUCUAGUUACCUGAAUGUACUAGACCAUAUGGUACCAGAUGAUGCCCAGUACCCUACAAAAACAAGAAUUCUGAAUGCCGUUGCUGCUGAUUUCUGUGUACAAAGAGAAACUAACACUUCACUCUUUUCAUCAAAUCACUUUUCUCCCAUACAGGGAGAGUGUGAUAUUCCCAUUAUGCAAAGAGUCUCUCAUGUUUCAGGAUAUAACUACGGAAUCCCUCAUUCCUAUAUCAGACAGAACACCUCAGAGAAAGAGAAUCCUUGGACUGAGAUGGACAAAAUCAGAGUUUGUGUUCGAAAACGCCCUCUAGGCAUGAGGGAAGUGCGUCGUGGAGAAAUUAAUAUUAUUACUAUAGAAGACAAAGAAACUCUACUUGUUCAUGAGAAGAAAGAAGCAGUUGACCUCACACAAUAUGUUCUGCAGCAUGUUUUUUAUUUUGAUGAAGUCUUUGGUGAGGCGUGCACCAAUCGAGAUGUGUACAUGAAGACUACUCACCCCCUCAUUCAGCAUAUUUUCAAUGGAGGCAAUGCCACUUGCUUUGCAUACGGACAGACAGGUGCUGGAAAGACCUACACCAUGAUAGGAACUCAUCAGAACCCAGGACUGUAUGCUCUGGCUGCCAAAGAUAUCUUCCGACAACUGGAAGUGUCCCAGCCAAGAAGGCACCUCUUUGUGUGGAUCAGCUUCUAUGAAAUCUACUGUGGACAGCUUUAUGACCUCCUAAACAGAAGAAAAAGGCUCUUUGCAAGAGAAGAUAGCAAGCAUGUGGUACAGAUAGUGGGACUGCGAGAACUUCAGGUGGAUAGUGUGGAGCUUCUCUUACAGGUGAUCCUGAAGGGCGGCAAAGAGCGCAGCACCGGAGCCACUGGAGUUAAUGCAGACUCCUCUCGUUCUCAUGCUGUCAUCCAAAUUCAGAUCAAAGACUCAGCCAAGAGGACAUUUGGCAGGAUCUCUUUUAUCGACUUGGCUGGCAGUGAAAGAGCAGCAGAUGCCAGAGACUCGGAUAGACAGACAAAGAUGGAAGGUGCAGAAAUAAACCAGAGUCUUCUGGCUCUGAAGGAAUGUAUCCGCGCAUUGGAUCAGGAACACACCCAUACUCCCUUCAGGCAAAGCAAAUUAACUCAGGUUCUAAAGGAUUCUUUCAUCGGCAACGCCAAAACUUGCAUGAUCGCCAACAUCUCACCAAGCCAUGUAGCCACUGAACAUACUCUGAAUACCUUGCGCUAUGCUGACCGGGUCAAAGAACUGAAGAAAGGCAUUAAAUGUUGCACUUCAGCCAGCAGUCGAAAUCGAACGUCUGGAAGUUCUUCUCCAAAACGAAUUCAAAGCUCUCCUGUGGCCCUGCCAGGGGAUAAGUAUUCUCCCAAAAAAGUCAAGCUGGGGCUUCCACAGUCACUGACAGUGGCACCUGACGUCACGAGAGGGAAGGCCCACCCUCUGGCCAGUCACCCAGCCAAUAUCCCUUUUGCUUCUGUACCUAAGGUUCCAGGUAAAAGGAGUGGCUCUAAAGGGAGUCCUCCCCACGGGUGGGUCAUUCAGACCAGCUCUCUCAGAGGAACCACGCGGUCUGGACAUUCAGCCAAAAAAGCGGCAGAAGACUCAGCUGCAUUAUGCUCUGAGAAGAACAAGACAGCCCUCGUAUGGGGCAGCAGGGCCCAGGGCCCGCGGCAGCCACCCUCCCAGUGCAGGAAGGUGCAGACUGUGCCGCCGGUGCAGAAGCAGCUCGUGCCACGAGCUGACCUCUCCCUGGGUAGCAUGCAGCCCGCAGCAGGGCACAGUCGGGGCAGCCAGGGAGGUACGCCCGCCGGGCCCGCCUCCGAAGCCUGGCCGGACAUCCCUCUGCAGCAGAAGGAGAGGGAGGAACAUCUGCGCUUUUAUCACCAGCAGUUCCAGCAGCCCCCUCUCCUCCAUCAGGAGUUAAGGUACCAACCACUGGAAAGGUUAUCAUGCCAGUAUCCGCCCCAGGAGGGGCAGCUCCAGAAGGACACCCCUCCCCGCCCGUGCUCUUGUGCCGAGAGCCACGAUGGAGCCCAAGCCGAGGACCUGGAUGACAGCGAUUUUAGUGAGGAUUCCUUCUCGCAUGUCUCCUGUCAGAGGACCGCAAAGCGGGGAGACGCCCUGGAGAACAGCGAAGGUUCGUUUUUCCUUCAUCAGAGGGAGCAGGGUCCUGCGGAGCAGGUGGCCGAAAGGCAGCAGAGUCUGUUUUUCAGCCCCGGGACAGACAGUGAUGAGAAGGGCCUACCUGGAAGCUGGGUGUGCUGCGGAGAGCCUGCCAGCCACAGAAGGCUGGCCCUUGAUCAUGGCCACAGCCCAAGUCCGGUGCCUCGGGACUGGAGCAGAGGGGAGGGCCCCACAUCCCCAGGCCCUUUCCCCGGAGCGGUCCUGGCGGAGAAGCCUUUCUGCAACCUCGUGGACUGUGCGCAAGACCCGCAAAGCCGUGGAGGCCCUGCCUUCAACUUCAGACAGGACGCCUUCAGAAGCGAGGUUCCUGGGCAGGCCGAGGAAGAUGGUUUCUCUUUCUCACUGUCCCACCUGGCAGUUCCUGGGUCCCCAGACCACAGAGACACAGUCGGCACACCUCUGAGAGAGGUCAGUGAGGACCAGCCAGCUCUGGCAGCCGGAACAGUGAGAAGCAGUCACCCUUUCCAAGAUGGGCAGUCGGGCACAUGCUCUGAAUAUGCUUCUGGACUGAUGGCCCCCCUCACCGUGUCCCUCCUGGAGAGCCCAGACAGCGGGGACCUGGGUGGGGCGGACACAGGGCCAGCGGCGGGCCAUGCAGUGUCAUCUGGUGACCAGGAGGCAGUCCUGCCAACCUCUUCGGCAACUGAACGCCUGUGGCUCUCGUCGUCUCCCCCGGACAACAAACCUGGGGGUGGUCUUCCGGCUCUGUCCCCGUCACCCAUCCGGGAGGCUGACUCAGGGGAGGCCAGCCGGGGCAGAGAGACGGCGCUCUUCGCCCAGGGGCACGCCGCCGCCUGUGCUGAGGCAGAGCCAGGCGACUCCCAGAGUUGCCUGGGCAAGCCCUUCCCCACCAUCCGUCCUAGGGAACCGCAGGCUGACCGAACAGGAAGUAGUGAUGCGGCUGACCUGGCCGGGGACCAGAGGAGAAAGCGCCUGGCCAGGCUUGGUGGGCAGGAGCUGUGGAUGUCCACAGACCCCGUCAGGCUGCCCUUCUACAAUGAGGACAUCGCAUGGCUCAAACGCAGGCCGACACCGAGGUACUUACCAAGGCCAGGCUCUCCCAUGACUGCAGGGCCCCUCCGCCAGCCCGCCCUGGGGCAUGCACAGCAGGUGGUCAUCCGAGCACACCAGGAACAGCUGCAUGAAAUGGCCAAGCUGGGCUUCAAGGAGGAGACCCUGAUGAGCCAGCUGGCUCCUAAUGAUUUUGAAGAUUUUGUGACCCAGUUGGAUGAAAUCAUGGCUCUGAAGUCCAAGUGCAUCCAGAGUCUGAGGAGCCAGUUGCAGCUAUACCUGGCCUGCCACAGGCCUGCCACAGCCCCUGAGAGGACAGCGGUAUCUUAAAGCAAAACCCAGUAUGGGGUGGCUAGGCUCCUGAGGGCUGAGGGCCUCUGCCAGGUCCCCCUGCAGAUACACUAGAACCCACUACCUAGUCCUGCCCAUCCUGGCCUCUCCCGAGCCACACACGGCCUUGGCUGGGCCCAGCUCCUUUCUUGGGGCCAGGUAUGUGCCCCUCAGUUCUAAGCACAGGAGCAUCUAUAAGCAAGGACAGAUCAGCCCGAAAAACUUAAUGUACCCUUCCCUUUUCUUUGGAGCUAGAGGAGUAUUUGCCUCACUGAAGCUGUUUCUGUAGAUGUUUCUAAAUUUGGGGAUCAGAGGAUGGGGAUGGUCUGGUAACCUAGAGGUUGGAGGUCACAGGCUGAGCCUAGAGAUUUUAUCAGCUGGAUUCAGUGCCUUUCUCUAGGACUCGAUCAAAAACUAAAACCUUGGUGCUAGUGGGGCAGGGGCCACGUGAGUUCUGCCCCUUCAGCCCUUAGAGGUUGAUUUUGGACUUUAGCUUUUGAAAAUGCAGACUGAAUAAACUUUGACUUGCUGUGUCUUUAACAGCAGCAGAUAUGGAA